UCGCAAUCGAGGAUGUGUUGGAUUAUACGCUAACCAAUAGUGAAAAACAUUGACCAUGUAUUUUAAUAUAAACACCGACCAAUUGCUGUCAAAUUGUGUGAAAUUUAGUUUAGAUUUAGUAAAGACUAACAUCAAAAAGACGGUAUCGGAUCGCGCCGUCCGAGCGGUUAAAGCACUGGUCUUUCGCCGCAAUAAACGCGUCAACAAGACUAAAAGUAUUCAUCUAAAUGCUGGCGAUUGCGUAACAUUUGUUGUACGUAAACAUGGCUUAGAUCAGCAGGUGGUCGAUGAGGGCCAUCACAUACUGGUGUCCGAUCUGAUGGUAACCACACCCGAGAUGACAACCGAUGAUAAUGGUGUCCACGUAUGCGAUCAUCCGUCCCGUGAAAGUCACCAGUUUUGCGAACUUUGCUUCAAAAAUCAGCUCAAAAGCAAACUCUAAAACACGAG